AUGAUCAGCAUUGACAUGCGCUGGAGAUGCGUUGUCCUCGUUCAAGUCUACGGAAUCGAAACCGGAUGCGUGUGCCUCCUCCUUGGCAUUUCCGAGCGUAGUGUAACCAGGUUCAACAAGAUGUUUUCGACAACUGGCCAUGUCUGCAACACGAAGAGGCGGGUCCGGGUGAAGAGAUGGCCGCCGGAAGUGAACUCAUGGGUCAGCGAGUACGCCAUCGCGCAUCCCUGCUUCUACAUAGAGGAGCUCGAAGAGGCGCUGCGACUGCAGUUCCCGUCGCUCAACAACAUCUCAGCGUCUUCGAUAUGCAGAGCGCUCAUGCAUGAUCGAGGAUUAACGCGAAAAGUCCUAGAGAAACGUGCCCGCGAGGCUGCUGAGUUUGAACUUCGGGACUACUAUCGGCGCUUAAGCCCAUACUACUCAUACUCUGAUCAACUGGUCUUUGUCGAUGAGACAUCGAAGGACGGCCGGGACUCAAUCCGCAAGUACGCCUGGUCGAAGCGGAAUCAAAAGGCGUUUAUGGACUUGCCCUUUUUUCUCGUGGUCAACGAGUUUCGGCUCUGGCUUCAUUUACGACUGCAGGGUUUUUGUUUUAGGAAUAUGUCGAUGGGACUUUUGACCGUGUAA